AUGGCGUGUGCAAACAUUAUCUUGAACGUUUUCGAUCGCGAGAUACGCGAUCCGUUUAACCGGUACGGACAAAUAGAGGCGUUGAUGAACUUUGCUCAGUUGGGUCGUUUGGCCUCGAUGACGGAAGAGUGGGCCGGUAUUAUAGCCAAACAAGCCGAUGUCUCGCAAAUACGAACCGACGCGUCAUCAAAAUACGUGAUCGACGCGAGCCUCAGAGAAGAGCGCGUCGGCGAUCUCGAGGCCGAGUUGACGAGGUUGGCGUGCGUUAAACCCUUCCACGUUACUCUAAUUGUUCCCGAGAUUCGCCCCGUACGGGUUAAUCUAAACGACAACGCGCGAGUUGAAGAAACGCGCAAGAAAAUGGCAAUACUGGGCAAAGCCACUACCAUUCCUUGUAAACAACACGGAAACGCGUCGCAUCACGCUCGCAAAAGGCCGCCGGAUGCGAGCGUGUCCGAAUUGCUGCAAUCUUCUUCUGACCAAGAAAACAACAACGGCGCGGUCAGACACAGAUUCGAAACGGACCUGGCGCUCAGCAUAGACACACAGGCGCCGUUUUGUGUCGCCGCCGAGACAGGAUCUUCCUCUGACGUUCUGCCGCUUUACAUGUACGACGAAGCGGACGUGGCGACGUCGCAGAUUCUGGAUAUGUACGAUCGCAACUCACAACAACAACAAAGCGGCAACGAUAUGUUUGAGAUGUUGUUUGAUCAGAUGCUCAACCCCGGAGGAGCCAACUCGGGACUCGUCGACGCGCCGAUGAACGUAGAUCMGAGCGCACAGGCGUCGAUUAACRAUGUUAUAGCGAGCGCURUAACAGAAGAAAUGGAGCGCGGUAACACCGRUYAUGMUCUUAGAGAUAUACUCGCGUUCGACAUGACCGAUGAGAACGACGCGCAAAACAACGACGAGGCGCAGUUUGACAGGUGGCUUGAUGCCGUUUUCAGACGCGCAAACGACGCCACCGCCUUACGCGAAGAUCGACCGGACGCAAACRUMGAUAGUAACGARAAUGCRACGACGACCGGACGGUGUCUGCGCAUGGCACAGUUGAUCAAGAAGAACAAGAGGUGGAGAUCGAACGGUAUUCAAACCGCCAACGCCAGUAUGUGUUCUGAGUACGUGCCGUACAAACACAUGAUCUACAAGACCCCGUUCGGAAAAAAUUAUUUUUACGCGGACACGAAUUUAGAAACAAAUCCUCUAUACGAUUGUCCGAUUAGCAACGUAACAAAAAACCUACCGAUACCCGUGGUGAUAAUGUGCGGGUCGCAGUCGAUACCGUCGUUUAACGCGGGGGUUCCAGAAACGGGUAAAUGCGUCAAGCAGACAAAGACUCCGCCGUUCUUUUCUCGUACGAUAAUCCCCGAGAUUCCUACCGUUGUACUCGACUGCAAACACGAGACACAAAGCUACACGGCGGUGGAUUUGUCGCAAACGCCCGUACGCGCCGACGAUGCAACGGACUUGUUCAAACACGUAAUAUUACGGUUGAAUAGUUUACCCACCAGUCUAAACAUGCCGCUGAACCGAAUAUUGCGGAUACACGCGGACUCGCCGAACUAUCUCGGACCGGUGGCGACCAUUGAAGACUUUUCGGGUAUCUUGACGAGAAAAGUGUAUAGCGACCUCGAAUUGAUGCGGAAGGUGCUCUCUAUACACACUCGGCUGCAGAAUUAUCAACCGUUUGUGGCCAGGGUGUUCACGCUGCAAAUGAUUACGGUCCCCUGUGAGUUUUGCGAUCCUACGUACGGUAUGUACACGGGCGAAAGUGUAGGCGAAUGGUCCUUGGG